AUGGAUUUACCUACCAUGAUUUAUACCCUUCGAAGCAAAGAAAGGUAUAAGGUGUCACAGAUACUAUUCAGGAGCAAGAUAGAUGAAGGUACCAAAGUUGGUAUUUACAUACUCAAGAUUGCCAAGUAUUUAAAUACACAUAUAGCUUUGGAUUGUGGACUAAGUGAAGAUUUAGCAAUAAAUCUGAUCUUACAGUCCUUGCCAAGUUCAUUUGAUCAAUUUGUCAACGAUCAUGUUGAGAAAGGUGAGACUAAAACCUUACAAGAAGUUCUAGAAUUGUUGGAGACUUAUGAUAUGGACAUGGAAAUGUCUAAAGCCUUGACAAUAGUUGAAGCUAACUCAAGUGUGAAUCAAGAUGCUCAUAAGAUAGAAGGAAUCAUUGAAAGGAAAGAUGUUUCUCCUCACUGUGGAAAUCCUUGA